CAGCAGUUUUUUCAGGGGGAGCCAUGCUUAAAAUGUGGAUUUUGGUGGGGAAGAACCCCAGUGGACAUAUAUGUGCCAGCUGGAACAGAGGUGUUGUAUCCCGCCUGAAGUUAGUCUGAUUCUCCUCCUGGACAACCCUGUGAUACUCUGGACAUUAUGGCAAAGCUGGUAGAGUGUGUGCCUAACUUCUCGGAGGGCUGUAACAAACAGGUGAUUGAUGCCAUUGCAGAGGCCAUUUCCACGACUGAUGGCUGCAGUCUGCUGGAUGUGGACCCAGGGUCUUCCACUAACCGUACCGUCUACACCUUUGUGGGCUCGCCCGAGGCUGUGGUGGAGGGGGCGCUAAACGCCGCCCGGGCUGCCUUCCCUCUCAUAGACAUGACCAAACACUCAGGAGAGCAUCCGCGGACAGGAGCCAUGGACGUGUGCCCUUUCAUCCCUGUCCAGAACGUCACUAUGGAGGACUGUGUCAAUUGUGCCAAUAUCUUUGCUGAGCGGUUAACAGAAGUGCUGCAUGUACCUGUCUACCUGUAUGGAGAAGCUGCGAGAAAAGAAAACAGGACCUCUCUUCCAUCUGUUCGCGCUGGAGAAUAUGAGGCCUUGGCUGAGAAACUGAAGAUGGCAGAGUGGGCCCCUGACUAUGGUCCUGCCACAUUCAUCCCCUCCUGGGGAGCUACAGUCACCGGGGCACGCAAGUUCCUCAUUGCCUACAACGUGAACCUCCUCAGCACCAAGGAACAAGCCCAUCGGAUCGCUCUGGACAUUAGGGAACAGGGACGAGGAAAAGAGCAGCCAGGUCUUCUGAAGAAGGUCCAGGGCAUGGGCUGGUACCUGGAGGAAUCGAACAUAGCCCAGGUGUCCACCAACAUCCUGGAUUAUGAGCUGACACCCGUCCACACUGUCUACGAGGAGAUCUGCAGCAUUUCCAAGGACCUAAAUCUGCCCGCGGUCGGCUCCCAGAUCGUAGGCCUUGUUCCACUAAAAGCCUUGCUUGACUGUGCGGACUUCUACAUCCAGAAAGACAGUCUGUUCAUAGUGGAGGAGGAACACAAAGUCCGGCUGGUCAUCAGUAAACUUGGACUUGAUUCUCUUGGGGCUUUCAACCCUAAGGACAGGAUAAUAGAGUACAUGGUGGACAGUACUCAGGACGACAAGCGUUUGGUGUCUCUGUCGCUGCAGCAGUUCGUACGCAGUGUCGGGGCCAGAACUGCUGCCCCCGGGGGAGGGUCUGUCUCUGCCGCUGUCGCUGCCAUGGGGGCUGCCCUGGGAGCCAUGGUGGGCCAGAUGACCUAUGGGAAGAGGCAGUUUGAGGGUCUGGACGGGGUGAUGAGGACACUGAUCCCUCCCUUCCACCAGGCCAUGAAUGAGCUGCUGGUCAUGGUGGACUCUGACUCUAUGGCCUUUAAUAGCUACAUGGCAGCGUUGAAAAUGCCAAGAAACACUAAAGAUGAAGUCAAAAGGAGACAGGCUGCUAUGCAAGAGGGUCUCAAGAAAGCUGUCGGGGUCCCCUUGUCACUGGCCCAACAAGUGAACCUUCUGUGGCCUUGUCUGAAAGAAAUGGUUCUCCAUGGAAACGUAGCCUGCAAGUCAGACCUGCAGGUGGCAGCCAAAGCCCUGGAAACAGCUGUUUUUGGAGCCUACUACAAUGUCACAAUCAACCUCAAAGACAUCCAAGAUGAUUAUUUUAAGACGACUACUCAACAGAAGGCCUCAGCUCUGCUUCUGGAGGCUAGAGAGAGUGCUUCUGCAGUCCUGGAUGCAGCUGACAGGAGAGAAUGAAAUCCAGCCAAAAAUUACACUGCCAAGGCCUUCACUACAAAAAAACUGAUAAUACAUCUGAAAAUGAACUUUAUCAUACUCAUCUUGGUUCCAGUUUAUGUGGAUAACAAACCAAAGAUUUUCAACAUUUUGGGGAAGUUCAUGUCAUUAUUGUAAAGUCCAUGUCAACAAAAGAAAAUUCAAAUAAAAUCUUUCCCAAACUAAUUUCAUUAUGUUGUUCAUAUUAUUAUUGUGUCUCUCAUGGGUCUUACUAAUAGUACUGUAAAUGCCUAACAAAUUAAUCAUUCACAAUUGACAUGGGAAAUACAAUUUAAGAGUUUUGAUUUCAUCUUCAAUGUGAACUAAGCAAGAGUUUUGAUUGCACUCAUGUGGUUAAACACAGUAUGCAACAAUGCAGUAUGCACCCUCCCAUUUCUAAGCUCCACCUAUUACAAUAAAAAUGCCAAUGCUGACUUAUUGACAUGAGGGAGAGGUGUAACUCAAAGGAAGAAUUGGAAGUGUGAACAAGGUGUUAGUGAAUGCAUUUGGAACGAUUGGAACACAGACAUGUUCAACACUGGUUCAGGUAGUGGCCAUCCUUCUGGAUAUGACCUAAAUCAAUGUGGGCAAGGGGGGCAAGGUGGUCAAGGGACUCCUGGUGGGCCUGGUCCUUAUCCUGGUCCUUAUAUGCCUAGUGGUCCUAGUCCUGGUCCUUGUAUGCCUGGUGGGCCUGGUCCUUAUCCUGAUCCUUAUAUGCCUGGUGUUCCUGGUCCUGGUCCUUGUACGCCUGGUGUGCCUGGUCCUUAUCCUGGUCCUUAUACCCCUGGUGGGCCUGGUCCUUAUCCUGGUCCUUAUACCCCUGGUGGGCCUGGUCCUUGUAUGCCUGUAGGGCCUGGUCCUGGUCCUGGGCCUUAUAUGCCUGGAGGGAACGGCACUUGUGGGCCAAUCCCUGUUGGGCCUGGGCCUUGUAUGCCUGUUGAGCCUGAUAAAAAAGACCAUGGGAAGGGCCGUCACCAUGGAAAGCAUGGGCGCAGACGCAAACACAGACACCACUGCGGCAGUGGUAGUGGUAGUGGCAGCGGUAGCGGUAGUGGUAGUGGUAGUGGUAGUGGAAGUGAUAGUGACCACAAACAUGGUUGUCAUGGUCGUCAUGGACAUGGACGUGGACGUGGACGUGGACAUGGUCAUGGUCAUGGUCAUGGUCACGGUCAUCAUAAGCACUGACAUGGAGGCCCUCUGACAGUGGCCUUGACCAGAACACAGAAGGUUUUUCUCUAAACUAGAAGAAAUAUAUCAAUUAAAAUAGAACAAUCAAAAAAUCAAGAUAAAAAAAGAUUAUAUUUUAACAUCGCAGUAAUCAGAAUGUGUAUGAAAUAAACAUUUGAAAACAAUUUCAA